GCAGAUCCAGAAGAACUGUUUACAAAACUGGAGAAAAUUGGUAAGGGCUCUUUUGGUGAAGUUUUUAAAGGAAUUGACAAUCGGACUCAGAAAGUGGUUGCUAUAAAAAUUAUUGACCUAGAAGAAGCAGAAGAUGAAAUAGAAGACAUCCAACAAGAAAUCACAGUGCUGAGUCAGUGUGACAGCCCAUACGUAACUAAAUAUUAUGGAUCCUAUUUAAAGGAUACAAAAUUAUGGAUAAUAAUGGAAUACCUAGGUGGAGGCUCUGCCCUUGAUCUAUUAGAACCUGGCUCCCUUGAUGAAACUCAGAUUGCCACAAUAUUGAGGGAGAUACUCAAAGGACUGGAUUACUUGCAUUCAGAAAAGAAAAUCCACAGAGACAUUAAAGCUGCUAAUGUAUUGCUGUCUGAACAAGGAGAAGUAAAACUAGCAGAUUUUGGAGUAGCAGGACAACUAACAGAUACACAGAUAAAGAGGAAUACUUUUGUGGGAACACCAUUUUGGAUGGCACCUGAAGUAAUAAAGCAAUCAGCAUAUGAUUCAAAGGCGGAUAUCUGGUCAUUAGGCAUAACAGCCAUAGAACUUGCAAAAGGAGAGCCACCUCAUUCAGAAUUACAUCCAAUGAAGGUUUUGUUCCUCAUUCCUAAGAAUAAUCCACCAACACUGGAAGGAAACUUCAGUAAAUCCCUCAAAGAAUUUGUUGAAGCCUGCUUAAACAAGGACCCAAGCUUUAGGCCUACUGCAAAAGAGCUCUUAAAACACAAAUUUAUUUUACGAAACUCAAAGAAAACUUCCUACCUGACUGACCUUAUUGACAGGCACAAGAGAUGGAAGUCUGAACAAAGUCACGACGACUCCAGUUCCGAUGACUCAGAUACUGAAGAUGGCCAGGCUUCAGGUGGGAGUGAUUCAGGAGAGUGGAUCUUUACAAUAAGAGAAAAAGACCCCAAGAAUCUAGAGAAUGGAGCAGUCCAGCCUUUGGAGUUGCAAAGAAAUAAGGAAAAGGACAUCCCAAAGAGGCCUCUAUCCCAAUGCCUGUCUACUGUGAUAUCUCCUUUAUUUGCAGAGUUGAAAGAAAAGAGUGAAGACUGUGGUGGUAACACAGAUGCCAUAGAAGAACUGAGAAAGGCUGUUUAUUUAGCUGAAGAGGCUUGUCCGGGCAUCGCAGAUAACAUGGUGUCACACCUCGUGCAGAGGCUUCAGAGAUACUCACUAGCUGGAGGAAGUACUUCAUCCUACUGACAUACUGUUCCUGAGUUGUCUAAGACAGCAGCAAUCCCAUGGUGGAGCACACCCUAAUGUUGUUCUGCCCCUCAGUCAACUAGAAUGUCCUUUGCUGGAAGGACAUUCCUAAAUGUGCAGGAGUGAAAAUGAAGUCUCUUGGAUGGAGACAGGCUUUUUCAGCUCCUUAAAGCUAUAAUUAUUAUUUUUUUUAAUGAUAAUGCACAUAUUCCAGGGAGGUGUCUUUUUUGUAAAUCUGAAAUGUAUAUUUAGGUUUGUGAUAGUGAAAUUGAAGAUAUUGAGAAACCUCAGGUAUCUUGCUUUAAGAAUUCCACUGGGUGAUGGAGUAUGUUUGUUGGAAUUGUGUACAGAUAUGUAUAUAAAGUCUUUUUUAACCUAAAGCCUUUCAACGUGCAUAAGGAAUCACUGUGUACAAAAUAGUUAAGUGCUUCUGUAGAUAAUGUUAGUGGGGUAAAUAUUGACAGGCCAUAACUGAGUAUUGCCUUGCCUUUAUUAUGUGUACAUUUUGAAUUAUGUGGUAAGUGAAUCU